CGGAUCCUCGCCGCUCCGGCUGCAGCUGCUGCGCUCCCCUCCCGCCCCCGCGCCGGCCGGACCCCGCUGCAAUGAGUCCCCGGUGCUGCUGAAGGAUGGUGGCGGCCAGGAGAGCGCCUGCCCCGCGGCUCGGAGCCCUCCUCCUCCCCGGGAUCGUCCUCGGAGCCUGCCUGCUGCGGCCUGGCGCCGGCAAACCAGAGGAGUCCUGUCCGCGGAGCUUGGACUGCACGCUGCAGAGAAGGGAGUUCUGCCCCCCUGGUUCCCAUGCCUGCGGCCCUUGCCUCCCACAGUUUGUGGAAGAUGAACACGGAAGAUGUGUCCAGAGGAAGUGGUCCACCACUGGGAGAACUUCUGUUCCCAACCUAGAGGAAGAAAUCGACUUCUUAGCUGACGUGCUGGCCAGGCAGGAUGCCACUCGCCUCCAUCUGCUCCAGGAUGCCACCCCGGCCCCGUCAGGGAAGCAUCCUGAAGCCGCUGGGGCGAGAGGAGAGUCCUCCAAGAAGAACAGAGCGAGCCACAGGGCUGUGACAUCUCAUCCCACCGCUACCACCAAGACAGUGAAGAGUUCUCCAGUGGAGGUGUUCCAUGUCACUUCAAAUGACCUCCUGAUACUCGGGAUGAUCGUGGUGUUCUCUGUCGCCGGCAUCGUUGCUUUAAUCGUGGCUGCGAUCUGCUGGUGCAGGCUGCAGAAGGAAAUCAGACUAGCUCAGAAAACCGACUACCCAGCUCUGAAGCUGCCUGGCCCCCCGCCAUACGACAAGAUCUCGCCUGGGGAUCAGAAGCUGGCUCAGAGCGCCCAGAUGUACCACUACCAGCACCAAAAGCAGCAGAUGCUCUCCGUGGAAAAGCAUAAAGAGGAACCCAAACUGCCUGACUCGGCAUCCUCUGACGAGGAGAACGAAGACGGUGAUUUCACGGUGUAUGAGUGCCCAGGGCUGGCUCCUACUGGAGAAAUGGAAGUGAAGAACCCCCUUUUUGACGACUCCACCUUACCCCCUCCGGGCCCCAAGUCACACCAGUAACCUCUCUCCUGCCCAAGCUCGCUACGGACCGAUAUGCAGAAUGCCAAAAACCUCCAGCAACUCGGCUCCUCCCGAGGGACUCCGGACGAGGCUGCCACUCAGUGCACGGAUUCCCAGAAUCCACCGCCAGACUGUUAGACCCCACUCAGUACACACCUGCCAACAGCUUUGGGGAGUCACUCCUGGUUCUAGCUUCUCCUGGUUCUUUCUGUUGUGAUCUUGCUUGUUCCCUGUCCUGUGUUCCCUGUAUUAUUUCAGCUGCUGGGAGAUGGGAGGGGGCAGCUAGGUAGCUGAGUGACAGCGCAAGGGGUGGCAGUGUCUCCACGUUCAGGUUUGUUUUGUUUGUUACUGUGGAGUCAGAGUACUGGUGGUGCAGCAGGUGCAAAGGGGUCCUGGGAAGGAACCUUUCGAGGGGAUCAAGGAGUGAACAGUGAAGCAAGGGCCUUGCCUUCACUCCCCGGCACUCUGGCAAACGUCCCACCAACCCUUGCAAACACCAGUGCUGCUGCAGCACUGGUAGCCUAGCGAGAGCAGAGGUGACUGGCACGGUGGGCUGGCAAUCAGCUGGAGCCCAGGGUGCACUAGUGCUCACAGCCAAAUGGGUGGGGAACUUUCCAAGAAAAGUCUAGUGUAGACCUGGCGAAAAGAGCCACGGUCCUUCCUCGUGGCUGGGUCCCACUGUACCCCUCCACCAGAAAUCUUCCCCAGCCAAGAGACUAGAGAGCCCUUGGUGCCCAGGUUACAUGUCGUCCUGCCAAAAGCAGGAGCAAAAGGAGUCAUGGGCAGGAACUUGGUGAAAUGGGAACCAGCUCUCCCCGUAGCACAUUGUCCUCGAGCUGUGGAGUCAGCCCAGUCCAUGGCUUGGCCCAUCCCAGUGAACAAACGGGGGGAUACCCCAUCCCAAAUCACGCUUGAUAUCUAGCUUCCCAUUGGGGUGACUCUAGACUCGGUGCCUUUGUCUCGCUGUCCCUGGGAGUCGGGGUCUGAUACAGCAAGUUUGCCCCAUCACCGAAUUCUUCUGUGAUGCAGGUUUUAUAAUUCCAUGUUUGUAGCAUUUUCCAACAAGUAACUUGGCCAGGGCGCACACACCUUUCUGGCCAUCUUCUCUCUUUCGUUGUAUAAAACAGUUUGUCCAAUAAACCAGCUAUGCAGGUUUCUGAUGAUGGAUUUUUCAGCCUGCCAGACUUUGUUUCGCUCAUUCAAAUAAGCCUCUGGCCUCUCUGGUUGAUUUAAUCAGUUGCUGUGGAACUGAAAGCUGUGGAGCGUGUGCACUGCCCAGCUGCUGCCCGACACCAGUGCUGUGGCGUCUGGUG